ACGCAUCUUAAUAUGAACUCCAUAACUUCAACAUUUUUUCACCAAUUUUCAAUAUCUUGGUACCAAAUGGUAGGGAAUUGAUUACUCUUAAAGGAAAUAAAGCUGUCAUUACGAUCAUUUCAAGUUAUCAGAAGAUGUGUAAUCUCAAAGUCACCGCAAGUGUAACUCAACAGAGAUCUGACCGCUGGGUUUUCUUCAAAAUUACCCGACUAAACGGCAGUUUAUUCAAUAUGAAUGAAUAUUUCAUUGUAUUGCGCAUAUAAAUAUGAUCAAAUUAUAUUAUUAUUUGUAAUAACUGUUCAAUCAAAACAUCUUAUAAAACUAUAACCAACCUUUUUUCCUAUAUGUUAAAUUCCAAAUUAUAAUGCAAGUAAUAGUUCUACAGAGUGCUCUCCUCUUAAUGUUUUGUACGGAGUAUUUUCAUUGGUCUAAGGUUUUCACACGACCAAUGAAAAUACUCCAUACGAAUGCUUCCGUUUAUACAUGUGUACUUUCAUUUUGGAUUGGAGAAUUUGGCAUAUCGGAAAAAAGAUGAUAAACGAUGAGAAUUUCAGUUUUGAUAAAAUCUCCUACGGGAAAAUGAUCAAGAUGCCUUUCAACUCUGUCAGGACAUUAAUGCCAGAAAACCUAACGUCAAAGCGUAGUGAUUUCCUCCAAACUUGUCGGCCGCAGACAUUGAUUGAUGUCUGUAGAUUAAGGCAAUUUUACCAGAACCUAAUACCUUCACAUGGAAGUCGUGAACAUAUACAACUGUAUGAGUUUGCUUUAGAAAUAAACAAAGGUCACUCAAAUAACGACGAUCUGAUUGAGAAAUCAGAUGGACCAGUUGGAGACAUGGACUCAAAGGACCAAAAGGAGUUUUCAUUUUAUGAGAUAUCACAUGACAGGAUAAAUAUAUUAUUAUACGAGCUUAAAAGUCUGGAAUACGAAAUAGACUCCAUCCAAGCUUCAAGAAGCCCACCGCCUGGGCUAACAAGCAACAAGGUCUCCUCUGCUCAAAAACUGGAUGACAUUGUGUCAGCAGAUAACAAAAGUAUGACAGAUGUCACAAACAUAAUAUGUGGACACAGAAGAAAUCUAAUACAACAUGCUCAUAGCAGAAACCGUUAUAUUGUCAAAUUACAGGUUGGAGCACUUUCAGUGAAAAAUUCAUGCUCUACCAGAUAUAAAAACAGCAUUGGAUUUUCUGUUGAAAACAAGCUUGAUAUGAUGACCCAUGGAUACUUUAUAUACCUUAUAUACCUGGAAACGAAAACAACAAUGAUGGAAGUUAUUAUCAUGGACUGCAAACUGCAUGUGAAAGUUUUGGUCGAACAUAUACAACAAUGGAUGUAUAGUAUACAUGUAUGUGAAGGCAAAUUAGACGAAAAGAAGUCUUUACAAAUGGCUAAUGAACACAUGAUUGACGCAUGCACUCAUCAAAAGGAUGACACAGAUCAAGUUGAAGUUGACAAUCGUACACAAAUAAAAAAGGAGGGAGAUUCUCAUGUUAUUCAGGCUGAACAGAAAGGAGACAAAUUAAAUGUCAUUGAUGAAAAGAGGAAAACCCAAAUAACCCAGAUGCAUGGAUGGGUUUUCUGGUUCCUGAAGGUCCUGUUAUGGACGAUAGUUAUACUACGUGGAGCAAAUGCCAUUCCUUUAGAUAAGCAAGACACAAAAAAGCUGCUUACAUCUAAAACAUGCAAUCAUGACAACUUCUAUUCAUUGAAAUCGAAAUGUCACACAAAUGGAAUCGAUCACAACUUGACGAUCUUUGAUUUCUGUGAAUUUCAUAAACAGUGUAGCUCAGACGAACAUCCCGUAUGUUUAAAUAUUGAAAAAGUGGGUGUGUAUGUGUGCUUACAGAGAGGGUUAUCUUGUUCGAAAGGACGUAAGAUUAUCACAAGACGGGACGAUCAGCUCCGAGAUAUUGUUCAUCUUGAAGAGGUUGACUGUCCUAUCGGCACCUUUCAGCCAACUGAUUCUGACUGUAUUCAAGCAUGUUUGUACAAACAUACAGAUAUGGCUUAUCUUGGUGAAAGAUUUGCAGUGAGCUCUGAAGGGGACAAUGUAAAUCCAACUUUCGUUUACUGUAAUUACAAGAAGGGAUACUACAACCCAGAGGGAAAGUUCACUUUGAAUUUUGACCAGGAUCUUAUUUGGAAUCCAGACUUUUGUUUGAAUGAAAACAAGUGCCAGAAUGGCCAAUUUCACCUACCAGAUGGACGCUGUGUCAGUGAAUGUGAACAUGGCUUUGACAGAAGUCCACCAGAUUUUCACUGUAAAAAAAUGAAUAUCACCAAUAGAUUCUCAUCAACUGCACCUAUGACUACUACAACACUAUCGACUUCAAAAAUAGUGCCAUCGACCGCCAAUGGUUCUCUUGCAAGUCGUAUCACCACACAGAAAAUAACAACAGACGGAAGUAACAAAGUAAAUGAACAUGAGGGCGAAACAAGUGGUACAUUUCCGUGGUGGGGAAAUGUAUUAUUGGGUCUUCCUGGGCUUGUUUUAUUUAUUGGCAUUGGUGUCGGUGUUUAUAAACGUAAAAGCUUCCUGAAGUAUUUUAAAGGAAGAUGUCGACGCUAUGAACACAACGAAUAUGGGAAAGUAAAUUAUAGAUUUAACAACAUACAAUCUGUUAACAUUUACCAAAAUGGAAAUGGGCCAAGACCAGAUGAUAUUCUGUUACCCAGAGAAACAACGCUGUAAACAUUUUCAUUGUAAUGUUGAUUACCAUUCAUAUUUUGCUAUAAUAAUACAUACAAUUUUUGUCAGAAUCUGUGUUAAAUUGUCUUAUUGUCUUAUUUAGGUUUAUUGCUUCUUUCCUAUUGUCUUUUGUCGAUUGAAACCCAUUUUGUUCAUAACUUGGCUAAGAAAAAACAAAUCAUGGUGAAAUAAUUUUUUUUUGCUUUCAAGAUUCAAUAUCAUGAAGGACAUUCUGGUGUAAAUGACAAUUCUCACUUUGGUUAGUACACACUAUAAUUACAUACCUCUUACUAUAAGUGUUAAUAUGAAUUUGGUCAAAUCAAAAAUAUAUUUAUUUAAUAAACCUUUUCA